AUGUCCCGGAACCCUCAACCUCCUUCAUCUCGAUACAAAAUAUCAUCACCUCAACCUUACGUCGCCAACGAACUUCGAGGUGCCUAUAUCUCAGAUAACGGGCCAUACCCUUCAUUCUCUCAGGCUCAGCAACCAUCUCAACCUCAACAGCAACAAGCGUUCUCUCCUCCUGAUGGUUACGGUCAUCUAGGUCCACCACAGCAUAGACAGAAUGGUGGGCCAAGUAGACCUGCCCCUUCGGCCGGUAGUGGGGGUGGACCACCUGCCAGUCCAGCUAGACCUGCUAGAUCAAGAAUGAGAGAAGCACCUCAACCACCGUCGAUUCCCAAUCCCUCUUACUCUCAAGCACCUACACCUGCACCUGCACCUGCACCAAUACCAUCGAGAAGACAUGAUUUGCGACCCAUCCAGACUGGCGGUCUGGAUACACGUAGACCAUCGGCAGGAUCAAAUGGAGGAUACGAUAUGGCUGCUUCACCAAUCUCACCAAUCUCGCCCCAUGUCGCCAAUCAACAGAACACCACCUCAUUCUCUGAUCCAUUCGCGGCUGAUAGAUCACAACGUGCUGAUCUACGUGCUCAGACUUCCGCAGCGGCUCAACAAGCUUCUCAACCGUUUCAAGGUGGACCAGGAACAGAUAAAUUGCGAAACGUAGUUGGGGCAUUUAUGAGUGCGAGUAAACAACGGAGUGUAGACGAACCUUCUCAACCCCCCUCGACAAGAAGACCGAAUAGGAGCGAAGCAAGGGAUAAAGCCAGGAUGAAAGAGGAGGAUCAAUGGGAAGUCGGAUUGGGUGAAAGUGAUCUAGAUCAAGUAUUAAAGAAGAUAAAGAAGGAUUGGCCAUUCGUCCUGGAAUCGGAUUUCUCACCUUCGACGUUAGCUCUAUCACUCUUGUCAUCCCAGCAACAUCAACAAACUUCAUCAUCUUUACCUUCACACCCCAAUCUAUCUUCCUUCUUGCGAUUACACGAAUCUCUAUCAUCUGCAUUGCAAGCUGCCGUUCAGGCUCAUUUCCAAUCUUUCGCUGCGUCCCUACCACAACAUGCAACUUUCAUAGCUACCCUCAGUAAAGCCCAAGAACAAGUGAAGAAGUCGAAAGAAGCGCUGAGAGAAGCCAGAGAUGGGUUCGCAGGUAAAGGUAAAUCUGAAUUGUCAGGUAUAAGAGCGAGGGAGAGGAUGGUGAGGGAUAUGUUGAAGAUCUUGGAUACAAUUGAUCAUUUGAAACAGAUACCGGACCAGCUCGAAUCGCUCAUCGGAGACAAACGGUUCCUGCAAGCUGCCUUGAUACUGGUCAGGUCUUUGAAGACGAUCAAUAAGCCUGAAUUGGCAGAAAUAGGAGCAUUGUCAGAUCUCAGAGCAUACUUUGUAUCUCAGGAAACGACACUCACCGAGAUUCUCGUUGAGGAACUGCAUAAUCAUAUUUAUCUGAAGACAUUCUAUAGCGAUUCCAGAUGGAAGUCUUAUGUACCCGGCCAACAAACCUUACCGAUAAUCGGACCUCAGAAUGACGAUCUCCCGCCACUGCCCCCUUCUACCGAUCUCACUCUCGUUACUUCUCCUACGAUCAACGGUGACGUAAUUCCUCUUGCCGGGCCAGGCCCUUCAUCCAGAUUCUCUAGAUAUCUCAAUCAUCUCUCUGCUAAACCAAGUCAUGACCCAUUGUUGGAUUACAUGGACUCGGACCUGAACUCAGCUCCAGAUGUACCAUCCAUCUCACAUCAGAGAUCAGGCUCGAACACUAUUGGUCAAGCAGGAUCACACGGAUCGCUAUCAUCACUUCUUGGACCUUCCCACGGAGGGACCGAUUCAAGUAAUCCAGAAGCGGAUUCGUACGCUUAUAUGGAGACUUUGCUGGAAGCGUUAGCAGCUAUGGGUAAAUUGGGUUCAGCUCUGGAUAUGAUCGCUCAGAGAGUUCCAGGAGAGAUACAUGCUUUGGUUGAGACUACUCUUGACGAAGUGGAGGAAAGGUCAGAAGCUCGACGGGAAGAAGUAGAUUCUUCUCUACGACCUUCGUCCUUCCUCGGUCCUUCACCAGACUCUCUCUCCACCUCUAGACCCGACUCGAGCUUGAAGAGGAGAUCACUCUUCUCACCUGGCGAGACACACCGAAUCGAGGUGUCCUUGGGCGUCACAGGUCCGCCGCAGCACGCUGCUAUCUUACGAGAUCUGUUCUGGACGUUGUACUCCAAAUUGGCAGCUGUAUUGGAAGGUCAUCGAGUCAUCUAUGAAGUGGCGAGGUGGAUAUCUUCGAGAAGAGAUUUCAAAGAUUCGUCGUUGUCAAAUGCUUCUACUUCAUUGACAAUACCGGUAUUGGAGGUCUGGAGACCUGUACAGAAUGAGAUACGAACACUGCUACGGACAUAUCUGACAGACGAAAGUCAAGGAUCGACGCUAGAUAGACAUCCUAUACCUACCAUCAACGAAGUACUUAGGGAUGGCAAAUGGGGUAGAGAUCGACAGAAGCAAAUGUUCAAGUUCGCCGAUACCGAUUCCCGGGCUGUUCAAAACGAGAUUAAACCGAUCGAUGAUCAAUUGCAACAGGCAUUAAAAGUAUCGGUACCAGGACUGGUCUCUAUGCAAGUCGCUGGUGAAAGUACACUGACUGUGCUCACCGAUGCGGACGAUCGAUAUUCGUCUGCUGGGAAACAUCGAACUCUCAUACCACCAAAUGCCUUCAACGUUACUACCUUAUUCCAACCUACCAUCUCACUCAUUCAACGAGCUACGUUCAUUGUUCCCCCAGGUUUCGAAGAUGCUACGGGAGCAUUCUCAACGGUCUUGGAAGAUUUCGUGGUCAAAGUGUUCCUGCCUCAGUUGGACGAACGAGUCACAGCAUCUUUCCAACAGGCUGUAUCGGGAUAUGACGCUUAUCAGGUGGAUAGGUCGAUCAAACAGGAUGUCGUUAUUCCUCCUUUGAAGUCAAGUGUGAGAGUUAUGGUUCUCAUACACAGUCUAUGUAUGAUGCUUCAGACGACACCAUUUCAUCGAGAGAACUAUAGUAGAUUGAUCGUUGGAGUGAUAGUGCAGUACUACCAGCAGUGCAGCUCGAGGUUUAAAGAACUCGCAUCCUUACCUGCUACGAUAGAGAACCCUUCUGCGCCGUUGGCGCUUCCUGCUAUAUGGGCACAGAGAGAGGAUAUGAUCAAGAUCUUGACUGAAUUGCGAGCUGUACCUGAGAGCGAUCGAGCUGGAUUAACGAGCGUAGAGCAGAAGGAGAUCAAGCUUGAAUUGGAUCUUAUAGGUGAUCAAGGGCUGGUGGAGAAGAAUCUGAUCAAUUCGAUGAGAAAAUUGGAAGCUUUAGGUAAUCUCUCGCAGAGCUUACGAUGGUUCAUCGAUUCUCUUCUUGAUCUGCAGAGUGUAGCUGAAGAACCACUCUCACCUGACAGCGAACAGACUGCGUCAGAUUUCAUGUCUGCCUCUGCACCUGUUCCGGUUCCUUUGGCAAAUGGUGAUACACCCAGAUUACCGCUGACCAGAGCAAUGGCCCAACGAUACGAAGCUAUCAUCCAAACGUACGAGCAACUAGCCGAGAUGGUCUUGAAUACUAUCAGAUUGGAAAUCCGAUGUAGAGUCAUAUGUAAUCUCGGAGCGUCGACGCGGAAAGGAGAUUUCAGAUUGGAAAGUGAAGCUUUGGAACCCGAUCCGGAUGUGUUGGAUUUGAACGGCUCGUUGAUGGAGAUUGAGGAGAUUGCUGAAAGGACUAUAUUGGGUGAUGAUCAUAGCUUCAUCUUCCGAGGAUUAGGUCAACUGGUUGAUCAAGUGUUCAUCUCUUCUUCGAAGAACAUCAAGAUGGUCAAUCCGGCCGGGGUAAGGAAAAUCAAAAGAAAUAUAUUGGCUUUACAGCAGACUCUCAGAGGUAUAGCACCGGCUGCUAAAGAGGGUCAACUGGGUAAAGCACUGGAGUUUUGGGAAUUAUAUGAUAAAGGACCAAAGGAAAUGCUCGAAGAACUGAAAACGUCUAAACCGCUCUUCUCAUUCGACGAUUACAAUACUAUGCUAAACUUACAGUGUAAAGCGGAUCAAGAUGAUGCUCCUUCUUCGGAAUUGAAUACUUAUUUGAUAGAUUUACAUGCUUUGUCUAUGAGUAUCGAGGGAUGGGAAAUAGGAGAAUCAUAG